AUGGCUUCCGUCAUCUCCCGCCGCCUGUUUUCCACCUCUGCGCGCCGCUUCCAGGAGCACACCCAGCAGGAGCUCCGCAAGGAGAGCCGGCGCAACCCCGAGAUUAUGAUUCUCGGUGGUGUCAUGGUCGCUGCUCUCGGCGGCGCCGGCUUCUACUUUGGCCGCUCGCCCACCCACUCCACGUCCGAGGCUCCCGUCAAGAUCGCCCAGGGCGGCAUGCCGUGGGAGAGCGACGCCCAGGGCAAGUACAAGUACCACCCUGGCGGCGACCCCAACGCCGAGCCCCGGGACGCCCCCAGCGCCCUCAACGUCGUCGUCGUUCCCAACGUCACCCUCCCCAAGGAGCUGCACGACAAGUACAACAAGUGGGGCAAGGACGGCUACCCUUAA